UCGCUUACGCUGUAUCUGCUUCCAAGGUUUUGGUACGUCGGAGUUAAGUUGCUGCGCCAUUCGCGUAGACCUUACGUUAUUUUAUUUCGGAAAUCUCCUCCUCUGUCGCCCAACUACGCAUCUUUCGUUUGGAAUGUACCUUUGCCAGCAGGUGAGGUCAAAUGCAGUGGAACCAAGCGGAAGAGCUUUGCUGACAGGUGGAGGAGUAUAAUUUAGCUUUAAGCCAAAAGGGGAGCAAAUGGAGGAUAGUAAAACGGAGUUGGUCGACAGCCUUAUGAUAUGGCUCCAGACCUUCAACACUCCUGCACCCUGCAGAACGGUGGAGGAACUCACCACUGGAGCAGCAAUGUCACAGGCACUACAUCAGAUAGACCCAGCAUGGUUCUCUGAUGCAUGGCUGAGUCGUUUGAAAGCAGAUGUUGAUGACAACUGGAGGCUGAAGAUGAACAAUCUGAAGAAGAUCCUUCAGAUGGUGGUUGACUAUUACAAUGAGGUCUUAGCCCAAGAAAUCUCAGACUUCCCUUUGCCGGACCUGUCCCUGGUGGCUGAGCAUUCAGACCCUGAGCAGCUGGGCAGGCUCCUGCAGCUCAUACUGGGUUGUGCUGUCAGGUGUGAACACAAACAAGAGUACAUUCAGAUCAUCAUGACCUUGGAGGAGUCAGUGCAGCAUGUCGUCAUGACAGCCAUCCAAGAGCUCCUGAGUAAAGAGACCAUGGCCCCUUUUGGACCGGAGCUCUCAGGGGACAUAGAACAGCAGUUAAAAAAAGCUCUUGAGGAGCUUGCAGAACUUCUGUCGGAAAAAGAAACAUUAGUCCAACGCUGCCAAGAGCUGGACAUACAGCGCAGCGAGGUGACCGCUCUUCAAGAGGAACGAAACAGCUUACUGGCUGAAAAUGAUGUCCUAACAGACCGCGCCAACCAGCUGGACACAGUUGACAAUCCAAGCACACUCUCAGGGAGAAAACACAGUCAUCUGCAGCAACAACUGGAGACGCUGCAGGAAGAAAACUUCAGACUGGAGGCUGCCAAGGAUGACUACCGGAUCCACUGUGAAGAAUUGGAGAAGCAACUGAUUGAACUUCAACAUCGUAAUGACGAGCUCACCGGCCUGGCAGAGGAGUCUCGGGCUCUCAAAGACGAACUAGAUGUCCUGAGGAACUGCUCAGAUCGGGUGGUGAUGCUGGAGGCUUCGGUGGAUACUUACAAGCGUAAGCUGGAAAACCUUGGCGACCUAAAGAGGCAGAUGAAGCUGCUGGAAGAGAAUAACAUGACUUACAUGCAAAACACUGUCAGCCUGGAGGAGGAGCUACGUAAGGCCAACGCCGCUCGGGCCCAACUCGAAACAUACAAAAGACAGGUCCAGGAGCUUCACAGGAAGCUGUCCGAGGAGACGAGACGAGCAGACAGCCUGGCCUUCGAGAUGAAAAAGUUGGAGGAGAAGCACGAAACGGUGAUAAAGGAGAAAGAGAGGAUCAUCAUUGAGAGAGACUCUCUCAAGGAAAUCAACGAGGAGCUGCGAUGCACUCAGGUUCAACAGCACCAGCUCUCUCAAUCAGGAUUGCUUUCCUCUGGCAGCCCCAGCCAUGAAAACUUGGCAGCAGAGCUGAUACCUAUUGAAUACAGGGAGAGGUUUAUCAGACUCCAGCACGAGAAUAAGAUGCUACGGGUGCAGCAGGAGGAUUGUGAGCGGGAGAGGAUCGCCAGCCUGCAGGCCCAGCUGGAGGAGGCUGAUAAGACCCGCAGCAACCUGGACACUGAGAACAGACUGAGCAGAGAGCGGAUCAGUGAGCUACAGCAGCAGGUGGAGGACCUCCAGAAGGCUCUGCAGAGUCAGGCUGCCAAACCUGACGAUUCAAAUCUAAAGCGGAAACUGGAUGCACACAUGGUCCAACUGAAUGAAGCUCAGGACGAAAUCAUGAAGAAGAAAGAACUACUGGAGGACUUGCAGCCUGACAACACUCAAACCUCCUUGAAGCUGGAUGAGCUGAUGGCUGCUUUAAAGAAGAAAGAUGACGACAUGCGAGCCAUGGAAGAGCGGUACAAGAUGUAUCUGGAGAAGGCUCGCAAUGUUAUACGAGCAUUGGACCCUAAGCUUAAUCCUGCCAAUGCUGAGAUCCAGGCCCUGAGGAACCAGUUAGCAGACCGGGAAAAACAAAUUCUCAACCUUGAGCGCCAGUGUGAGCAGGCCAGACUCAGAGAAUAUGAGGAGAAACUGAUCGUGACAGCCUGGUAUAACAAGAGUCUGAGCUUUCAGAAGUUGGCCAUCGAAUCUCGUCUUGGGGGCCGCAGUCCUACCACGCUGUCCCCCGGUCAGUCCUUCUUGACUCAGCAGCGGCAAGUUUCAAACGCCCCACGCCGGGCGUCUUCAAUCAGCGUGCCUGCCUCUACCUCAAAGUAGACUGCCACUGAGCCAAAUGCAUCAUCCUGUUCAAACAAGGCAAAAAACACACCCUCACUCCCCUCCAAGAAGUGAGCACGCAAGUGACCUUAAACACAUCUGCUCAGCCUUUGUGGGGAGGUCAAGGAUAAGCUGAUCGGGAUCAGUAAGCACUUAUUUAUCAAAACGCCCAACAGGUCACCCACCUGAGGUUAUAGCAUACUGUCCUACUGUACAUUAGCCUAAAAGAUGACCUUGGUAAGAGCAUUAACCCUUGAACUCCCCUCACUGCAAACCACUCUUUUUUUCCCCCACAGCCUCUGCUGGAUACCUUCUUUAAUCAGUUUGGUCUUGGCUCUUCUUCUAUUCAGUUAUUUGUCGGAAAUGCAACAACUGUAGAUUACUGCGCACAGCAGAUUGAUGAAACUGUGCUUUAAGAGAUCACUUUUCUAUUUGGUGCUGGCCGCCAACAACCUUUAAGCAUCAAACUUCUGGCACUUAAAACCAUUUUUAUUUUGGUAUUAAACUGAAUAAGCCUGUCAUUUCAGAAGCUGGUAAAAUGCUGUAAAUCCAUCAAACCCCAUCAACAUUUUUGAUGCUGCAACAGAAACAUUUAUCAGAGAAAAUGGAUAUUUCUUACAGAGUGAAUCUAGGAAUGGUUUAUUACAGAUUCUAUUCUAAUUCUUCACAGUGAUGUACUGGCAGCAUGCUCCCAGUAACAACUUAACUGGCCUUUCUAUUCACUGAAUAUCUUGAAUGUUAUUUAGCUGCGAGUAAUCAAGACGAUGACUAAAAAAUGACCAAUUGUAAUGGAGACAUGAUCUAACACCAGCUUUUGAUUCCUGUUUGAAAACCAUGUUGAGUAAUCUUACAGUACAUGCAAACUUGUUUAUUUAUGAUUAUGAUAGUUAAUCUUGUAUUCAGGCGGUGACAUUUGAGCGUCAGAGUGAAAAGCACUGACGAAGAGCAGGUAUUUGGCUGUCUGAUGGCGCACAGCUGAUGUUAAACAGCUAUAGUUUCACUGCUCAUUGCCUUUGCAGCUCCAGCAGCAGUAAAGAGGCAUUCUGUUGUGCUGGAUAUUUAGGUGAUAAAAGGUUACGUUGCUUUAACUUCUCCUUUGCAGUGAAUAGUUAAUUAGAUUUCUGAUUUAAAAGCGGUGUCAUUUAUAUAAAUAGUACAAUCUAACGUAGCACAGCAAAGUGACCCCAUUUGUGGCGUCGUAUAUGUGUGUGUAAAGUAUAAAAUAAAGGCAUUAAGACUUUUCAGGAAAUUGGAGAUAUGACUCUUUAAAGGAUUUGUUGUUGGGUUUUUUUCUGUGAAUGAAUAAAUAUGUUUUCUAAA